AUGCCCCUCACCACGGCCGACCUGACGCUGCCGGCGCUGCGCGCCGCUUAUGCCGCCGGCUCGCUGACGCCGACCGCCCUUGCACAGCAGCUGCUGCCGGCCGUUGCCGCCUCCCAGAGCGUCUUCAUCUCGCGGCCCACAGAAGAGGAGGUGCUGGAGCGGUGCAGGUUCCUGGAGAGCCUCCCGGCGGAGCAGCGGGGCCCUCUGUGGGGCAUCCCGUUUGCUGUGAAGGACAAUAUCGAUGUGGCGGGGUGCCCCACCACUGCCGCAUGUCCUGCAUUUGAGUAUGCGGCGGCGGAGCACGCGCGCGCGGUGAAGCCGCUGUUCGACGCAGGCGGCAUCUUCCUGGGGAAGACAAACCUGGACCAGUUUGCCUGCGGGCUGGUGGGCACCCGCUCGCCCUACGGCGUCCCGGCCAACGCAUUUGACGACCGCUUCUCCCCUGGCGGCUCCUCCUGCGGCUCGGCGGUGGCGGUGGCUGCCGGCCUGUGCACCUUUGCGCUUGGGACCGACACGGCAGGCUCAGGCCGCGUGCCUGCUGGCAACAACGGCAUCGUGGGCAUCAAGCCGUCGGUGGGGCGCUUCAGCACCACCGGCGUCGUGCCCGCCUGCCAGCUGCUCGACUGCCCCUCUGUGUUUGCGCUGAGCGUGGAGGAUGGGGCCGAGGUGGCCCGGCUGAUGGAGAACGGAGACAUUGCAGACCCCACCUACCGCCUGCCCAACGCUGCCAACCUGGCCAAGCGCUGGACGCCCCAGGCAGCCUUCCGCUUCGCCCUGCCGGGGCCGCAGUUCCUGGACGAUUCGUUCCUGGGGCCCGGCGGCGAGCCUGUGCGGCAAGCCAUGGAGGCGGCCAUGGGGGAGGCGGUGCAGCGGCUGACGGCGCUGGGCGGCGAGCUCGUGCCGGGCUUUGACUUUGCGCCGUUUGCCGAGACGGCGGUGCUGCUGUACGGCGCCGCAUUCGUGGCGGAGCGAUACGCAGGCAUCCGGGAGUUCCUUGAGGGGCGCUUGGAGGCGCCGCUGGCGGCGCCGCAGCUGGCCAGCAUCCACGACGACGAGCGCAUGCUCAAGGUCAUCCGCACCAUCAUCAGCAAGACAGAGGGCUUCAGCUCCGCAGAUGUUUUCCAGGGGCUGCAGCAGCUGACCCAGCUGCGGGGCAAGUGCCGCGUUGAGCUGGCGAAGAUUGAUGUGCUGGUGGUGCCCACCUCAGCCUACAACUAUACGAUACAGGAGAUCCAGGCCGAGGAGGAGGUGCCCGAGUAUCCCAAGGUCACUUUCCACAAGAACGCCAACCUGGGCAGGUGGACCAACUUUGUGAACCUGCAGGACAUGUGCGGUGUGAGCGUGUACAGCGGCCUGCUGCGGCUGCAGGGCGGCGCGGGCGAGACUGAGGAGCAACGCGCACGGCAGGAGCACCUGGCCGCCACCGGCAACCCCACCUCCGUGCUGCCCUUUGGCAUUACCAUGCUGGCCCCCUCAUGGACCGACGAAUACGUGGCGGGCAUUGCGGCGGCCUACGAAAAGACCACAGGGCUGGCGGCGGGGCCGGCCGGCCACGGUGUCACGCCCUACCGCUCUCCCAAGUAG